GUGGGCGGGCGCCCGGGUGCUUCAGCGAGGGGUUGUUGGCUGGCGAGCCUAGUCGACCAGCCGAGCCGAGCCGGGCCGGAGUGCCGGUCGGUCCCAGAGCGGGAGGGAUGAUACGCGGGAGGCGCCGCAGGCAUGGAGCCUAGCAGCGCCGAGGCAGCCUUCCCGCAGCUUUUCGCGCAACGGUCUAUUGCAGCUUUCAAAAGCUGCAUGGCAGACUGAAAUUCAAGAGGUGCAGCUUUCCCCCCAGCAGUGGCUGUGCAGUGAAAUGAUGGGCAGGGCUGCACUUCAUGGAGCUCAGGUUUCUAAAGUGGAGCUCAUUUCCAGUGACGCUGAUGGAGCUAUCCAAAGAGCUGGGCGAUUCCGGGUGGAAAAUGGCUCUGUUGAUGAGAACACAGAUUAUGCCCCUGGUACAUGGCGCAGAACAGAUGUGCAUUUGGAGAACCCGGAGUACCACACCAGAUGGUACUUCAAGUAUUUUCUAGGAAAAGUUCAUCAGAACUAUGUAGGAACAGACAUAGAGAAGAACCCCUUUUUUCUGUCUGUCGUACUCUCUGACCAAAACAAUCAGCGUGUUCCUCAAUACCGUGCAAUCCUCUGGAGAAAAACAGGUACUCUGAAAAUAUGCCUCCCUUACAGUCCUACCAAAACUUUGUCUGUGAAAUCUAUUUUAAGUGCCAUGAAUCUUGACAAAUUUGAGAAAGGCCCUAGAGAAAUUCUUCACCCUGAAAUUCAAAAGGAUUUAUUGGUUCUGGAAGAGCAAGAGGGCUCUGUCAAUUUUAAGUUUGGAGUACUUUAUGCCAAAGAUGGACAGCUAACAGAUGACGAGAUGUUCAGCAACGAAGCUGGCAGCGAAAGCUUUCAGAGGUUAUUGAGUCUCUUGGGGGACACCAUUACUUUGAAGGGCUGGACCGGCUACAGAGGAGGACUGGACACCAAAAAUGACACCACAGGCAUUUUUUCCAUCUACACUGUCUACCAAGGGCACGAGAUAAUGUUCCACGUCUCAACCAUGCUUCCAUAUUCGAAAGAGAACAAACAGCAAGUGGAAAGGAAACGGCAUAUCGGGAACGACAUUGUCACCAUUGUGUUCCAAGAAGGAGAAGAAUCCUCUCCAGCCUUUAAGCCAUCCAUGAUCCGCUCCCACUUUACACAUAUUUUUGCCUUAGUGAGAUAUAAUACGCAAAGUGAUAGUUACAGGCUGAAAAUCUUUUCGGAAGAAAGCGUACCUCUCUUUGGGCCUCCUCUUCCAUCCCCACCAGUGUUUACGGACCACCAAGAAUUCAGGGACUUCUUGCUGGUGAAAUUAAUCAAUGGGGAGAAAGCCACCUUGGAAACUCCAACAUUUGCUCAGAAGCGGCAGCGUACUUUGGACAUGCUGAUCCGCUCUUUAUACCAGGACCUCAUGCCUGACAUGCACAAGAACAUGCUGAACAGGAGAUCCUUCAGUGAUGUCUUACCUGAGUCCCCAAAAUCAGCCCGGAAGAAAGAAGAGGCCCGACAAGCUGAAUUUGUCCGUCUUGGCCAGGCACUCAAACUCAAAACCAUUGUGAGAGGCGAUGCCCCAGCUAUUCUGGCUUCCACGAGCCUCUGUAAAAAGGAGCCCUGGGAGUCCCAGUGCUUCUGCAGCAAUUUCCCUCAUGAUGUUUUCUGCGCAGAUUCCUGGGGCCAGUCACUGCUCGUCUCUACAGAUGUUGGUGUCCUCCUCUUAGAUGAUGGGCAGCCUCCCAUCCCAGUGUUUGAUAAAACUUUACAGAUCAAACAGAUGCAUGUAUUGGAAACUCUGGACCUUCUCAUUACUAGAGCGGACAAAGGGAAGGACGCUCGCCUCCUCGUCUUCCGGCUGAGUGCCGUACAGAAAGGCAUGGAAUCCAAGCAAGCCAGAAGCAAGUGUGACUGCCGAGAGAACAAACUGGAGAAAACGAAAGGCUGCCAUCUGUAUGCCAUCAACACCCACCACAGCAACGAGCUGCGGAUCAUCGCAUCCAUCCGGAACAAGCUGCUUCUCAUCACCAGGAAGUUCAAGCAGUGGGAGGGUCUGACCAGUGGCCUCUCGUUGUCGCCUCAGUCAGAGUCCCCAGUUGAAGAAUUCCAGUACAUCCGGGAGAUCUGCUUGUCUGACCCCCCUGUUGUCAUGACAUUGGUGGACGGGCCCACGGGGGAAAAUGACAACCUGAUUUGCGUCGCCUACCGGCACCAGUUUGACUUGAUCAAUGAGAGCACGGGCGAAUCCUACAGAUUGCACCAUGUCGACUCGAGCAGGGUUAAUUUUGUUGCAGCUAUUGAUGUGUAUGAAGAUGGAGAAGCUGGCCUGCUCUUGUGUUAUAACUAUGUCUGCUAUUACCGCAAAGUGUGCCCCUUCAAUGGGGGCUCGCCUUUGGUCCAGCCAUCAGCAUCUGACUUCCACUUCAGCUGGAACCAGGUUCCUUAUGCCAUUGUUUGCGCUUUCCCCUAUAUUUUGGCCUUCACCACCGAUUCCAUUGAGAUCCGAUUAGUGGUGAAUGGGAACCUCGUCCACACAGCUGUGGUCCCUGCGCUUCAGCUGGUGGCAUCAAGGUCAGAUAUCUAUUUCAGAGCCGUAACGGCAGUGAGCGAGCCAUCCAACGGCAGUUCCAAGGAGACUAAUUCACCUACUACCCCUCAGACGCCAUCAGUCAAUGAAAUCCCUGUUUUCUCUCCUUCCGCAGCAGAAGGUGAAGCUCUGUGCAAAAACAUCUACAAGAUCCCCCUGAGCAACCUGGUCGGCAGGAGCAUCGAACGCCCACUCAAGUCCCCCAUGGUCCCCAAAGUCAUCACCACCCCGACGUCGGCCAGCAGCGCCUCCAUCCCUGUCGCUCCUUCCCUCUCUUUGUCGCGCAUAGAGAUCAAAGAAAUCGCAACCCGGACACGCAAAGAAUUACUUGGUCUUCUAGACGGCCAAGGUCCCAAGUCGGAGGGAGGACAGAAGCAGAAGAAAACCCCCCAGAAACAGUCAGACCCCAAGCCAGGAACAGUACGGUCAACAAGUAGUGACAGGCUCGUUGCAUGCUCUUUCGAAAGCACUUCUGAAGAGCGCCACUUCUCCACCAGUUCAGACCCCGACACCACUACACGGGACGAGAGCCCCCAGUCCAGCAGCCUCUUUCAGCUUGGGGCUUCCUUUGACGAAGACAUCAUUGACUUGAAGUGAAGACAAUCUGGACACAGCACUUGCACACCUUCCCUGACCCCCCCACCCCCCAUUUGUUAUGACUCUCUAAACAGUAUCACACUACAUUUUCUGAUAAUUCUGAUAAUACAGAAUAUAUACAUAGGCAAUCAAGAUCUAGAAUGCCCAGUAUUUCCAGCUUAUUCAGAUGGAAAGGGCAGGCGGGACGUAGCAUAUUUUAUUCUCCUUGGUUGAAUAUUAGGGCACUCACCCCAUCACAGGAAUCUCAGCUGGUGGAGCAGACGAGUUUUAAUCAGUUAAUUGAUUAAAGCGUAUAUGACUUAAACAUUAGUUUUCAGUUUAAAAAGGCUGUCCACGUUUGGGGGGAUCGGACAACUUGUUAUAAACUCCACAGUGACACAAAGCUGGGAGAUCCUCCUAAGCCCCCCCCCCAACACAUUUUGUAGGAACAUAGGGAGCCGCUGUAUACCAGUCAAACCAUUGGUCCAUCUAACUCAGUAUCGUCGGCACUGAACAGCAGCAACUCUCCAGGGUUUCAGACUACGGUCAUCCCAAAUCCUACCUGGAGAUGCCAGGGAUUAGACCUGGAGCCCUAUACAGGCAAAGCAGAUUCUCCACCACUGAGCUAGGGCCCUUCCCUAAGCCAGCAGGCUGUGCUGCAAUAGGAACUUUGGCUGGGGGCACAAGUGGCCUCGGAGGAGGACCCAUAUCUCCUGCAAGAGGAGAGAGGGUGACAUUUCCCUUGCUCGGUUUGUUGCAACAACUUUAUAAGUGGGAGGGAGAUGGCCGAGGAGGGAAAAGCUCCACUCACUCUCUCUCUUACAUUGCUAAAGGGCUAGGAAUGAGGAAGAGGGAAAGUUGGGUGCUGUACAUCCCACUAACCCCAAAGCAGGAUUUAGUUUCCAGGCUCCCCAUCUUCCCAAGCUCCUCUUUUUGCCAAAGAGAAGCUCUGCGCCCUUCCUCUUCUUUCAUCAUGCUGCCCAGGAAGACUCACAAACAGCAUCAUUCCUUCAUUUCUGAAUGGUGCAUCCAUAUGUCACAGGACGCACCAUCUCAGAAUAGGCCUUCCCACCCACCCACCCCACCCAUGUGAAGGGGGUGAUCCUUCUAUGACCAUCUGCAAUUUUUAAGACGUACUUAAAUUAAAAAUUAUUAAUUUAACAAAAAAUAAAAUCUAUGUUACCUGAUUAGAAAGACUUUUUAAUCAGUUUAAUCUACUGUGAUUAAACAGCGGUCCUUAUCUCUUCAGACUAGCAUAGCAGGUAGCCAGGGAAGGUUUUAAGUAACGUCUUAAACCAUUAAUUUGCCCCAGUUCCCUCCCCGCACUCACUUGGCAAUCUGGAUACUUUAUUUGGAGUAGCUGAUGCAGACGUGAAUGGCGAAACUCUUCCUCACAUUCACAGCAAAAAAGAAAAAGGUUGGGAUGAUCAGACUACAAAUAAAUUCUGUGCCCUCCAAAAGUAUAAAUGUUUUGAGUGAGCAGGCAACCCUCAUCCUGGUCUCAGGACUAUUGGCACAUUUGCUGAUUAGCUAAAAUGAUUGUCCACAGACACCAGGUAAGAGCUGCAUUCCUGGGGUGUGGGGGAUGCAUUGAAGAGGAAACACUGCUCCAGGGCAUUUACACUCCUCUUGCUUCUGCUGAACAGACUUUGGGGGGCAUUUGUAUUUCCAAAACCUGCCAAACCUCUUUAACAGGGAAGAGAUUUACCGGUAUGUGCAUGCUGCAUGGGAAGGGAAAUCUCUUCUCUCUUUCUCGCUCUCUCUCCCCUCCUUCCAUCCCCCCCCUUUCAGAAAUCUCAAAGACAACAACCUGUCUUCCCUCUCACAUUGCCCUUAGCUGUCCACAUACUGCUGUUUUCUGAGAAGAAAAUGGAAGUUGGAUACGGAAAGCUGGUGCAGCGUGGAAAAGACCAUUUGAUGAUAGUUCUCCGUCUGCAGAAUAGAUGCUCCUGCCACAUGGGAGGUGUUGAACCCCAAAGGCCUUUGCUCCCCACUUACCUUCUCUUGAUUCAUUUCCUCCUUCUUCUUUUUAUAAAGUUGCAGACACUUGAUUUAUACAACUUCACACAGAUCAACUUAAACUACCUGUCCUGUGAGGGAUCCCAUCUUGCUUCCAUGGGGGGUGAGGGAACGGAGUCUUUCUUAUGUAUGUAUGUAUGUAUUUAUUUUCCUGCUCUUAAAGCAACUGAUCAAUAAACGAAGCAAUACUUUUAA